UGGCCUUUCCAUCUUUAAUUCACAGUCACUCACUUUCUCUCUACUGAUAGGCUAACAAACAAGUGUCAAUCUCCGGUGCCUGACCCCAUCCCUAAACUGAUAACACAUGGACACGUUGUACUCUCUUUCUCUCUCUAUCUCUCCGGUAGUUUUACUCACCCUAGAGAGAGAAACCGGGUGGAAGAAAAUGGUGUAAAUGCUAAGUGGCGGCGAAGAGGGUAAGAGCCGGUCGGAGCCAAACGAUGGGGAGUCGACAACGCCGAGGGUGUUGACGAUUCUUUCGUUCGUUAUGGAGAGACUGGUGACUCGAAAUGAUGGGUUGGUGGUGGUGCAGAGAGGUGGCUUGAAGGAACAACCACCACAACAGGUGGUGGAAGGUGAGGUGAGGUCGCCGCCGGGAGGGAAGGGGUUGAAUGCUUUUCAUGGAGUAAGAGCACCGAGUAUUAGCAUACCAAAGUACUUGGAGAGGAUAUAUAAGUACACAAAUUGCAGCCCUUCUUGCUUCGUGGUGGGGUAUGUUUAUAUAGAUAGGUUGGUGCAUAGGCAUCCUAACUCGCCUGUGGUUUCUCUCAACGUCCAUAGGUUGCUGGUUACUAGUGUCAUGGUUGCAUCCAAGAUGCUUGAUGACUUGCACUAUGAUAAUGCAUUUUAUGCUCGUGUUGGUGGUGUGAGCAAUGCUGAACUAAACCGGCUUGAAUUGGAGUUAUUGUUUCUAUUGGAUUUUAGCCUUAUGGUCAGUUCAAGGGUCUUUGAAAGCUAUUGCUUACAUUUGGAGAAGGAAAUGAUGUGGUUUGGAGUAGGUCAAAAAAUUGAGAGGGCUCUCAUGUUUGCCUCUGUUGAUGAUGAGACUGAAAUAUCGGUGGAAGACACCCUACAAAGCUCUUCACCACCUCAACAAGUGGAAUGAUAUUCAUCUACUGGAUUAUUAUUUUCAUCAUCCUCUUUAUUCUUGUUGUUGCAACUUAGCUAGGCUAAAUUUAUCCAAAGUCCUAUUCUUAAUGGAUAAGAUAAGUGUUUUCUUUA